CCACCUAUGUUCCUACCCGAGCUUCCAGAAGGACUUGGAUUAGAAGGUUACAUCAUCCUCGCCGGUACACUUAUAAUACUUCUUCAAUUGGUUGUCUCCCCUUUGCUGAAGAUACUUGGGUUCGGCAAGAUUGGAAUUGUUGCAGGAUCCAUUGCAGCUAAGGUUCAGUCCCUUUUGCGGAUCGUAGUCUCAGGAAGCAUUUUUGCCAUUUUACAGAGUGCCGGAAUGGGCGGAUAUGGAGCAAAAGUGAUUGCCGACGUAUUGACGGUUGCUGGACUUUUGACUGUCUGUGGUUAUGCAAAAACCCCGCCAACAGUACCAGCAGGUAAAAAGCAGCAAGCCCAAAUCCAAACUUUUGAAAGUGAUACUUGUCUUUCAAUGCUGCGGGCCGCCGACAGCUCAUCCUUCAUCCCCGCUCCCACCGGUACAAUUUCGACCGAUGCAUCGCAGUGGGCAAAGAACUUUCUCCCUCAGGCCGGAGCGGCCGUGAGCAGUGUAGUGGAGGAUGCGCGGAAACACACAGAGCAGUUGCUAAUUACUUUGCGGUCACACUCGCUAACCAGAGUUCAAAUUGGCCAGUUCUCGGAAAAUGCUGGAGAAUGGGUUAAUCAAAACCUUCCUAUUGCUGCCGACACGCUUGCGGAUAUUCUCGACAAUGCAAAGAAGCAUGCUGAGCAUGUCUCGAUUCAGUUGACUUCCAACGUGCUUCAGGAUAAGUCCCAGGUGGUUAUGGGUCAAGAUGGCGAGGCCGUUGAACUGAUCCCCAUUACUGUCCUUGACUGGGCAACGAAUAUCCUCCCUUUCCUCGUGGAGACCAGUAAAGAACUCGCGGAGAGCGCCAGGCUCGAAUUCGAGAAGGCUCAGAAGUGGGCGUCGGAACACCCUACCGCCACGGUCUUCAUCGUACUAGGAGUUGCAGGCCUUAUAAUCUUGGUUGCAUAUCCUGGGUUGAUCUAUAAACCCAUGUUGGAUGCUCUGGGAUUCACUUCCGAAGGAGUAGCUGCAGAUUCAAUUGCAGCAGCAGUCCAUUCUAUCAUCGGCAACGUCAGUCCAGGGAGCGUUUUUGCGUUUCUCCAAAGUGCUGGUGCGGAAGGCUAUGGGGCCGUUGCUCUCGAUGCUGCCCUACGGGCAACUGGGGCCACGAUUAUGACCGCUGGCGCUGUAGAUCUUAUACGCCAGUGGAUGGAAGAGAAGUUCAAUGGUGAGGUACCUGUGAUUGAAAUAGGAGGACUGUGAGAUCUGUACUUGAGUCAUCUUUGAAUGUCUGCGAUCUUUGGGUGGACUGGCUCUUUGAGAAGCUUCGAGUUUCAUGUCUGUCAUACUUGAUUUUGCCAGUGUUAUCGGCCAGAGAAUGUUAUUGGGGACGGCCUCUUGCAGUCAGUCGCAACUUAUGACGUUGGCAG